AUGAGAAACGAGACAAAAAACGUCGUUCUCGAGGAACAUGGCGGUACUCCGUCGUCGUUACCUUCUGGCCCAGAAAAGGCCAAAGAAAAUAAAAUAUUCGCCUCAAGACAUGGAGGAGCGCAAGCUGGUUUUGGAAGCGCAGACAAGAAGCAAAGAUCCGCUAGUACAGGAUCAGAUACUAUUCGCAUUUCUUGUGCGAAAAAUUAUUUGAACUUCAUGGAGGCUAUCGUCCGUCACAGUUACAAGAACAAGGAACUCCUUACUUGUAAUUGGAAUUGGAAUCAGAUACUACUCGCAUUCUUCGUGGAGAAAUAA